GGGCUGAGAGCGGGCAUGGAGGCUCUGCAGCGGCUGCUGAGUCUUGGGGCAGAGGUUGACGGAGAAGGUUGUGCCGCUGGGGAAGGUAGCGGCCUUCUGCUGCGCGGGGAGCCGGGCUCCGGGAAGACGGCAUUGCUGUUCGCGGUGGCCCUGGUGGCAGCGGGGGAAGGUCGGGGCCCCGUGCUGUUUGUGGCUCGGAGGGCCCUCCAGAGCCUGCCUCCAGUAUGGAAGGCGGGAGCGGCUAGGGACCCGCUGAGGCUCCAGAAAAUCCACUUCCUGUAUCCACCCUCCUUGCGGGAGCUGCUACAGCUUCUGAGCUCCAUGCACGAGAGAGCAGCCCAGCCCCCCUCCCUCCUGCUGCUGGACGGGAUAGACGAGUACUUGGCAGAGACCUCUGGAGCCCAGGCAUGUGCCCACCUGGCAGCCCUGCUGGUGGACACGGCCGCCCACUUCUCAGGCUGCUCGGGCAGUGGCUGCGGACUCCUGGUCACCAUGCAAGGCCCUGCUGAGGCUGAGCUGGAGGCAGCCGCCCUCCAACUGGCAGUGCUCCAGAGAUACUUGCCCACGUGCCUCUGGCUAGAGCCUGAGCCCCCAGACCUGGCAGGAGCAUGGCCUCAGCACUCUGAACAGUGCUUCAGGGCCCGCCUCUCCAGUGGGCCAGGCUUCCCCAAGCAGGAAUGGUGCUUGAGUUUUGGACAUGAUGGCGAAAUGGCCAUUUCCCAAGUGAGCCGCCAACCAUCCCAGCACCCACCUCAGAAAGCUGAGUCCAGCAGCCCCAGCUGAGAUGGAGGCAGCCUUCAUGAGACCUUGUCUCUCCCCAGCCACAUUGCCUUUGUGUCUGAGAGCAGCUGUCUGGAGGUGGGCAGAGGCACUGCCGUGGGCGUAAGUCCAGUUGGAUCCUGAUAGCUGUGCCCUCUUGCCACCAUUGGGUAAAAUGCUGUGACACUGUAAUAUCCCCAACAAGCCUCCUAGGCUUGGGCCACGGGGGUGAGGAGGUUGUCACCAUGCUCCAUGUGGCUUCUUCCUCACCGGGCGGCGGGCUAGGAGUGUGGAAGGAGCUGUGGAGCCUGGGCAGUGGAGGGCAUGGGGGGGGAAGGAAGGUGAGCUGACCUUGCCCUUCUUCUCACAUGGAAUAAAUGAUGUUCUGAUCGGGCCUUACCACCGUCCCAGGCCGAG